AUGACCGCGCCGCUCGAGCUCGCGGGGCCGCUGUUGCUGUGCGCCGGGCUCCUGGCCGCCGCCAAGGGCCAGAACUGUGGUGGUUUGGUGCAGGGCCCCAAUGGCACCAUUGAAAGCCCCGGCUUCCCACAUGGUUAUCCCAACUAUGCCAACUGCACAUGGAUCGUGAUCACGGGGGAGCGCAACCGGAUCCAGCUGUCCUUCCACACAUUCGCGCUGGAGGAGGACUUUGACAUUCUCUCCGUGUAUGAUGGGCAGCUCCAGCAAGGCAACCUUAAAGUAAGGCUGUCGGGAUUCCAGCUGCCAUCUUCCAUAGUGAGCUCAGGCUCCAUCCUCACUCUCUGGUUCACAACAGACUUUGCUGUGAGCGCUCAAGGAUUUAAAGCCCUGUAUGAAGUGUUGCCAAGCCACACAUGCGGAAAUCCGGGAGAGGUCCUGAAGGGCGUCCUCCAUGGCUCACGGUUCAACAUCGGGGACAAGGUCCGCUAUAGCUGCCUGUCAGGCUAUGUCCUGGAGGGCCAUGCCAGCCUCACCUGCAUCGUCAGCCCCGGCAAUGGCGCAUCCUGGGACUUCCCAGCUCCUUUCUGCAGAGCCGAGGGCUCCUGUGGGGGGACCCUCCGUGGUACCAGCAGCAGCAUCUCCAGCCCCCACUUCCCCUCGGAAUACGAGAAUAAUGCGGACUGCACCUGGACCAUCCUGGCUGAGCCUGGGGACACGAUCGCCUUGGUCUUCACUGACUUCCAGCUGGAGGAUGGCUACGACUUCCUGGAGAUCAGCGGGACUGAUGCCCCCUCCAUCUGGCUCACAGGCAUGACUCUGCCAGCCCCGGUCAUCAGCAGCAGGAACUGGCUGCGUCUGCACUUUACCAGUGACAGCAACCACCGGCGAAAGGGCUUCACCGCACAGUUUCAGGUGAAAAAGGCCAUUGAGCUCAAGUCCCGGGGCGUGAAGCUGCCACCAGGCAAGGACAGCAACCACAAGAUCUCUGUCCUGAGCCAGGGAGGCGUGGCCUUAGUCUCUGACAUGUGUCCAGAUCCAGGAACCCCAGAAUAUGGCCGAAGAACUGGCUCAGACUUCAGGGUCGGGGCCAGCAUCCACUUCUCCUGUGAGGACAGCUACGUGCUCCAAGGCUCCAAAAGCAUAACAUGCCAGAGGGUGACAGAGACGCUGGCUGCCUGGAGUGACCACCGACCUAUCUGCCGAGCAAGGACGUGCGGGUCAAACCUUCGAGGGCCCAGUGGCAUCAUCACCUCCCCCAACUAUCCCGUCCAGUAUGAGGACAAUGCACACUGUGUAUGGGUCAUCACCACUUCGGACCCUGAUAAGGUCAUCAAGCUCGCCUUUGAGGAGUUCGAACUGGAGCGUGGCUACGACACCCUGACAGUCGGCGAUGCAGGGAAAGUGGGUGACACCAGGACAGUCUUGUAUGUCCUCACUGGCUCCAGCGUCCCCGACCUCAUCGUCAGCAUGAGCAACCAGAUGUGGCUGCACCUUCAGUCCGAUGACAGCAUCGCCUCCCCCGGAUUCAAGGCUGUUUACCAAGAGAUCGAGAAGGGCGGCUGUGGGGACCCAGGUGUCCCUGCCUACGGAAAACGGACAGGCAGCAGCUUCCUGCAUGGAGACUCACUCACAUUCGAGUGCCAGGCGGCCUUCGAGCUAGUGGGCGAGCGAGCGAUCACAUGCCAGCAGAACAACCAGUGGUCGGGGAACAAGCCCAGUUGCGUGUUUUCGUGUUUCUUCAACUUCACCACCUCCUCGGGCGUCAUCCUCUCCCCAAAUUACCCAGAGGAAUAUGGCAACAAUAUGAACUGCGUGUGGCUCAUCAUCGCAGAGCUGGGCAGCCGGAUCCAUCUCAUCUUCAAUGACUUCGACGUGGAGCCCCAGUUUGACUUUCUGGCGGUGAAGGAAGAGACUGUCUCUGAGAUGACUGUGCUGGGGACAUUCUCAGGCAAUGAGGUGCCUUCCCAACUGGCCAGUAGCAGCCACAUCAUCCGCCUGGAGUUCCAGUCAGACCACUCCACCACGAGCAGAGGGUUCAACAUAACAUACACUACCUUUGGCCAGAAUGAGUGUCAUGACCCGGGGAUACCUGUUAAUGGACGGAGGUUUGGGGACCGUUUCCUGCUGGGGAGCUCCGUGUCAUUCCACUGUGAUGAUGGCUUUGUAAAGACCCAGGGCUCUGAGUCCAUCACCUGCACCCUGCAAGAUGGGAAUGUGGUCUGGAGCUCCAGCGUGCCCCGGUGUGAAGCCCCAUGUGGUGGACACCUGACAGCCCCAAGUGGGGUCAUCUUGCCCCCCGGAUGGCCGGGAUACUAUAAAGAUUCUUUAAAUUGCGAGUGGAUCAUUGAAGCCAAACCAGGACACUCCAUCAAGAUCACUUUUGAUAGGUUUCAGACCGAGGUCAAUUACGACAUUCUGGAGGUGCGGGACGGCCCUGCCGGCUCAUCCCCGCUCAUUGGCGAGUUCCACGGCACACAGGCCCCACAGUUCCUGAUCAGCUCCGGCAGCUUCCUGCACCUGCUCUUCAGCACCGACAGCAGCCGGGCCAGUGUGGGCUUCCUCAUCCACUAUGAGAGCGUUACACUGGAGUCUGACUCCUGCCUCGACCCCGGCAUCCCUGUCAAUGGACACAGGCAGGGCAGCAGCUUCAGCAUUGGGUCCAAAGUGACCUUCAGCUGCGACCCUGGCUACACAUUGAGUGCAGAUGAGCCCCUUGUGUGCGACAGCAGCCACCAGUGGGACCGCGUGCUUCCCAGCUGUGACGCACUGUGUGGUGGCUACAUCCAGGGAAGGAGUGGGACCAUCCUCUCUCCUGGCUUCCCUGACUUCUACCCAAACUCGCUGAACUGCACCUGGACCAUCGAGGUGUCCCAUGGGAAGGGAGUGCAACUGAGCUUCCACACUUUCCACCUGGAGAGCUCCCACGACUACCUGCUCAUCACCGAGGCAGGCAGCUUCGCGGAGCCCGUGGCACGGCUAUCAGGCUCGGUACUGCCUCACACCAUCAAGGCUGGCCUGUUUGGCAACUUCACAGCCCAGCUGCGCUUCAUCUCCGACUUCUCCAUCUCCUACGAGGGCUUCAACGUCACCUUUUCAGAGUACGACCUGGAGCCCUGCGAUGACCCAGGUGUACCCGCCUUCAGCCGCAGGAUUGGCUUCCGCUUCGGUGUGGGCGACUCCCUGGCCUUCUCUUGCUUCCCGGGGUACCGCUUAGAAGGUGCAGCCAAGCUUACGUGCCUGGGUGGGGGCCGUCGUGUUUGGAGUGCGCCUCUGCCAAGGUGUGUGGCUGAAUGUGGUGCCAGUGUCCAAGGGAACAAGGGCACGUUGCUGUCCCCCAACUUCCCUUCCAACUAUGACAAUAACCAUGAGUGCAUCUACAGGAUAGAGACGGAGCCCGGCAAGGGUGUACGCCUCCAAGCUGACAGCUUCCAGCUCUCUGAGGGGGAUGUUCUCAAGGUGUUCGACGGCAGGGACAGCUCUGCCCGCCAACUGGGCUCCUUCUCCCGAAACGAGCUGUCAGGGCUGGUCCUGAACAGCACAUCCAACCAUCUGUGGCUGGAAUUCAAUACCAAUGGCUCGGGCACGGCACCUGGCUUCCAGCUCACCUACAGCAGCUUCGACCUGCUCAAGUGCGAGGACCCCGGGACUCCUAACUACGGCUACAGGAUCCGGGACGAAGGGCACUUCUCGGACACCACCGUGGUGUACAGCUGCAAUCCCGGCUACACCAUGCGUGGCAGCAGCAGCCUCACCUGCCUGAGCGGAGACCGCAGGGUGUGGGACCAGCCGCUGCCCUCCUGCGUGGCGGAGUGCGGUGGCAGGGUCCAGGCGGCCACGUCGGGGCGCAUCCUGUCUCCAGGGUACCCUGCGCCCUAUGACAACAACCUGCACUGCACAUGGGUGGUAGAGGCGGACCCUGGAAAGACCAUCAGCCUGCACUUCAUCGUGUUCGACACCGAGCUGGCCCACGACAUCCUGCGCGUGUGGGACGGGCCGCUGGAGGCUGCCCUUCUGCUCCGGGAGUGGAGCGGCUCAGCCCUCCCGGGCGACGUGCACAGCACCUUCAGCUCGCUGACUCUGCAGUUCCUCAGCGACUUCUUCAUCAGCAAGUCCGGCUUCUCCAUCCAGUUCUCCACAUCCAUCGCAUCCACCUGCAAUGACCCGGGCAUGCCCCAGAAUGGCACUCGCUAUGGGGACAGCCGUGAGCCGGGGGACACGGUCACCUUCCAGUGCGACUCGGGCUACCAACUCCAAGGUCAGGCGAAGGUCACCUGCGUACAGCUGAACAACCGCUUCUUCUGGCAGCCAGACCCACCCACCUGCAUGGCGGCAUGUGGCGGGAAUCUGACAGGCCCGGCGGGAGUCAUCUUGUCCCCCAACUACCCACAGCCGUACCCCCCAGGGAAGGAGUGUGACUGGAGGAUCAGGGUGAACCCCGACUUUGUCAUCGCCUUGAUAUUCAAAAGCUUCAACAUGGAGCCCAGCUAUGACUUCCUGCACAUCUACGAGGGCAGCGACUCCAACAGCCCCCUGGUGGGCAGCUUCCAGGGCACGCAGGCGCCCGACCGGGUGGAGAGCAGCGGCAACAGCCUGUUCCUAGCCUUCCGCAGUGACGCCUCCGUCGGCCUGUCAGGCUUUGCAAUUGAGUACAAAGAGAAACCUCGGGAAGCCUGUUUUGACCCCGGAAACAUCAUGAAUGGGACCAGGAACGGGUCUGACUUCAAGCUGGGCUCGACCGUGAUCUACCAGUGUGACUCAGGCUACAGGAUGGAUGAGCCUGCAUCCAUCAGCUGCGUGAUUGGGGUGGAUGGCAAACCUGCCUGGAGCCACGCACUGCCUACCUGCACUGCUCCCUGCGGAGGCCAGCACGAGGGGUCAGAGGGCGUUGUCCUAUCUCCGAACUACCCACACAACUACACGGCUGGUCAGAUCUGCCUCUACUCCAUCACGGUGCCUAAGGAAUUUGUGGUAUUUGGGCAGUUUGCCUAUUUCCAAACAACACUGAAUGAUUUGGUAGAACUAUUUGAUGGAACAAAUCCUCAGGCCAGACUGCUCAGCUCCCUCUCUGGUUCUCAUUCAGGUGAGACGUUACCUUUGGCAACUUCAAAUCAAAUCCUCCUCCGGUUCAGCGCAAAGAGUGGAGCAUCUGCCCGAGGCUUCCACUUUGUCUAUCAAGCUGUGCCACGCACCAGUGACACGCAAUGCAGUUCAGUCCCCGAGCCCAGGUAUGGCCGGAGAAUCGGCUCCGAGUUCUCGGCAGGCUCCAUCGUCCGCUUUGAGUGCAACCCCGGCUACCUGCUGCAGGGCUCCACAGCCAUCCGCUGCCGGGCAGUGCCCAAUGCACUGGCCCAGUGGAACGACACGGUGCCCAGCUGCGUGGUUCCCUGCAGUGGCAACUUCACACAGAGGCGGGGAACCAUCCUAUCCCCAGGAUACCCAGAGCCCUAUGGGAACAACUUAAAUUGUGCUUGGAAGAUCAUAGUUACCGAGGGGUCUGGAAUUCAGAUUCAGGUGAUCAGUUUUGCCACCGAGCAGAACUGGGACUCUCUGGAGAUCUAUGAUGGUGGCGACAUGACUGCCCCACGGCUAGGGAGCUUCUCAGGGACCACAGUACCUGCCCUGCUCAACAGCACAUCCAACCAGCUCUUCCUGCACUUCCAGUCGGACAUCAGUGUCGCAGCCGCAGGCUUCCACCUGGAAUACAAAACUGUGGGUCUUGCUGCCUGUCAGGAGCCUGCCCUGCCUAGCAAUGCCAUCAAGACUGGGGACCGCUACAUGGUCAAUGAUGUGGUGUCCUUCCAGUGUGAACCUGGCUACACUCUGCAGGGCCGCUCACACAUUUCCUGUAUGCCUGGGACUGUCCGACGCUGGAACUACCCGCCUCCACUCUGCAUUGCGACCUGUGGAGGGACCCUGAGCAGCCUAGGGGGCGUGAUCCUGAGCCCUGGCUUCCCCGGCGCGUACCCCAACAACCUGGACUGUGUCUGGCGAAUCUCCCUGCCUGUCGGCUAUGGCAUCCACGUGCAGUUCCUGAACUUCUCCACGGAGGCCAACCAUGACUACCUGGAGAUCCAAAAUGGGCCCUUCCACACCAGCCCCAUGAUUGGGCAGUUCAGCGGCCCCGACCUGCCACCCGCCCUGCUGAGCACCACCCAUGAGACACUCGUGCACUUCUCCAGUGACCAUUCCCAGAACCGCCCAGGCUUCAAGUUCACCUACCAAGCCUAUGAGUUGCAGACCUGCCCGGCUCCACCCCCCUUCCCCAACGGCUACCUGGUGAGCUCAGACCUGAGUGUGGGUCAGUCACUGACCUUCCGGUGCUACCCCGGCUAUGUGCUUGUGGGCUCCCCAGUGCUCACCUGCCGGCAUGGCAGCGACCGCAGCUGGAACCAUCCCUUCCCCACAUGCGACGCCCCGUGUGGCUACAACAUCACGGCGCAGAAUGGGACCAUCUAUUCACCUGGCUUCCCUGACGAGUACCCGAUCCUCCAAGACUGCACCUGGCUGGUCACGGUGCCGCCGGGCCAUGGGGUCUACAUCAACUUCUCCCUGCUGCAAACGGAGGCCGUCAAUGACUACAUCGCAGUGUGGGACGGGCCAGACCCCGAGGCCCCGCAGCUGGGCAUCUUUAGCGGGAACACAGCCCUGGAGACGGCCUACAGCUCCACCAACCAGGUUCUGCUCAAGUUCCACAGUGACUUCUCCAACGGUGGCUUCUUCGUGCUCAACUUCCAUGCCUUUCAGUUGAAGAAGUGCCCUCCACCCCCGGCUGUCCCGCAGGCGGAAAUGCUCACAGAGGGUGAGGAGUUUGAAAUAGGAGACUCUGUAAACUACCAGUGCCACCCUGGGUACACCCUGUCAGGCCCUGACAUACUCGCCUGCAAGCUCGGAGCCCAGCUGCAGUUCGAAGGGCCACCGCCAACCUGCGAAGCGCAAUGCCCAGAUAACGAAGUCCGCACUGACUCAUCCGGCGUCAUCCUCAGCCCUGGGUACCCGGGAAACUACUUCAACUCACAGACAUGCUCCUGGAGGAUCCGUGUGGAGCCGCAGUUCAAUGUCACACUGCUUGUGGACUCAUUCCAGAGCGAGAGGCAGUUUGAUGCCCUCGAGGUGUUCGAUGGUUCUUCGGGCCAGAGCCCCCUCCUGGUGGUGCUCAGUGGCAACCAUACCAAGCAGUCCAACUUCACCAGCAAAAGCAACCAGCUCUAUCUCCGCUGGUCCACUGACCAUGCCACCAGCAAGAAGGGCUUCAAGAUCCGCUAUGCAGCGCCCUAUUGCAGCCUGACUCACACCCUGAAAAAUGGGGGCAUCCUGAACAGGACAACGGGAGCUCCAGGCAGCAAGGUCCAUUACUUCUGCAAGUCCGGAUACCACAUGAUUGGACGCAGCAACGCCACCUGCAGGCGCAGCCCCGAGGGCUUCUACCAGUGGGAUGCCCUCACCCCCAUCUGCCAGGCUGUGUCCUGUGGGAUCCCCGAGAGUCCUGGCAAUGGUUCCUUCAUGGGCAGCGAGUUCACGCUCAAUAGCAAAAUUAUCUACACCUGCCACGAGGGCUUCUCACUCGAGCCAGGCAUGCAGGCCACAGCCGUGUGCAUGGAGGACGGGCAGUGGAGCACCAGGGGCCGCCCACCCACCUGCCACCCUGUCACCUGUCCUGGGGUGGAGACCCAGCUGUCAGAGCAUGUCACCUGGAGAUUGCUGGCGGGUACCCUCAAUGAGUUCGGGGCCCAGGUGCUGCUCAGCUGCAGUCCGGGCUAUGCACUGGAGGGCCGCCGGCUGCUGCAGUGCCAGGCCAAUGGGACAUGGAGCACUGGAGAAGAGCAGCCGCGGUGUCGAGUCAUCUCCUGUGGCCGCCUGUCCUCCCCGCCGAAUGGGAACAAGAUCGGGACGCUGACGGUGUUCGGGGCCACAGCCAUCUUCACCUGCAACACAGGGUACACGCUGGUGGGCUCCCACGUACGUCAGUGCCUGGCCAACGGGCUGUGGGGUGGCUUCGAGACCCGCUGCCUGGCUGGGCACUGUGGCUCUCCAGACCCCAUUGUGAAUGGGCACAUCAGCGGGGAUGGCUCCAGCUACCGGGACACGGUGGUCUACCAGUGCAACCCUGGCUUUCGCCUGGUCGGCACAUCAGUCAGGAUCUGUCUACAAGAUCACAAGUGGUCCGGACUGACGCCUGUGUGUGUCCCCAUCUCCUGUGGCCACCCCGGGAACCCUGCCCGUGGCUUCACCAAUGGCUCUGAGUUCAACCUGAAUGACGUGGUGAACUUCACCUGCAUGGCAGGCUACAUGCUAUGGGGCGUUGCCCGGGCACAAUGCCGCAGCAGCGGUCAGUGGAGCAGCCCACUACCCACCUGCAGAGUCGUGAACUGCUCGGACCCAGGCCAUGUGGAAAACGCCAUUCGCCAUGGACCACAGAGCGUCCCUGAGAGCUUUGAAUACGGCACAAGCAUCAUGUACCACUGCAAGAGGGGUUUCUACAUGCUGGGGUCUGCAGCCCUCACCUGCACAGCCAGCGGCCACUGGGACCGCUCCCGCCCCAAGUGCCAGAUGAUAUCGUGUGGGCACCCCGGGAUACCAGCUAAUGCCAUCCUAGCUGGAGACGUGUUCACCUAUGAGGCUGUGGUCAACUACUCCUGCAAAGGGAGCCGGAGCCUCAUCGGCAACAGCACCCGAGUUUGCCAAGAGGACAGUCACUGGAGCGGGUCUCUGCCCCACUGCACAGGAAACAGCCCUGGGCUCUGUGGGGACCCUGGUACCCCAGCCCAUGGCUCUCGUCUGGGAGAGGAGUUCAAGACCAAGAGUGUCCUGCGCUUCUCCUGCGAAGUGGGCUACCAGCUGCGGGGCUCAGCCGAGAGGACUUGUCUGCACAAUGGAUCCUGGUCAGGGCUGCAGCCUGCCUGUGAGGCUGUGUCCUGCGGGAACCCAGGCACACCCACCCACGGUAGGGUCAUCAGCAGUGACGGCACCCUCUUCUCCAGCUCUGUGGUCUACUCCUGCUGGGAGGGCUACCACACGGCUGGGCUCACCACGCGCCACUGCACAGCCAAUGGCACCUGGACGGGCACUGCCCCUGACUGCACGGUCAUCAGCUGUGGUGACCCAGGCGGCCUGGCCAAUGGCAUCCAGUUUGGCACCGACUUCACCUUCAACAAGACUGUGAGCUUCCAGUGCAACCCUGGCUUCCUGAUGGAGCCCCCUACGGCGCCCAUCCUCCGCUGCACCCAAGACGGCUCCUGGACACAUGGCAAACCCCGCUGCAAAGCUGUGCUGUGUGGGCAGCCCCCAGCCAUCCUGCAAGGCACCGUGGAGGGCACAGACUUCCGCUGGGGGGCCAGCAUCAGCUACCGCUGUGCACCCGGCUUCCAGCUGUCCCACCCAGCCAUCCUGUCCUGUGAAGGUCACGGCGUGUGGCGUGGGGAUCCCCCACAGUGCUUGCCUGUGUUCUGCGGAGACCCCGGCACCCCAGCCCAGGGAUGGCUCAGCGGGGAGACCUUCACCUACAGAGCCGAGGUCUCCUUCCAGUGCAAGGCGCCCUUUCUUCUGGUGGGCUCUUCCCGUAGGCGCUGCCGGGCCGAUGGCACCUGGAGUGGUGUCCAGCCAGUCUGCAUUGAUCCAGCUCACAACGCCUGCCCUGACCCAGGAACCCCACACUUUGGGAUACAGAACAGCUCACGGGGCUACGAGGUGGGCAGCACUGUGUUCUUCAGGUGCCGCAAGGGCUACCACGUGCAGGGCUCUACCACGCGCACAUGCCUGUCCAACCUCACCUGGAGCGGGCUGCCGGCUGAGUGCAUCCCUCACACCUGCAGGCAGCCAGAGACGCCGGCACAUGUGGACGUGCAGGCCAUGGACCUGCCUGCCUUCGGCUACACCCUGGUCUACACCUGCCACCCUGGCUUCUUCCUGGCUGGGGGCUCUGAGCACAGGACCUGCAAGGCAGACAUGAGGUGGACGGGGAAAUCGCCCAUCUGCAAAAGUAAAGGAGUGAGAGAAGUUAAUGAAACAGUUACUAAAACUCCAGUUCCCUCAGACGUGUUCUUCCUGGGCUCAGUCUGGAAGGGCUACUACGAGUACCUGGGGAAGAGGCAGUUGGCCACGCUCACUGUGGACGCCUUCAAUGCCACCAGCAGCAAGGUCAAUGCAACCUUCAAGGACAUGGCACAGGCGGAGCUAAGGCUGGCAGGUGUCUACAAGAAGGAGGAGGCCCACCUGCUCCUGAGAGCCUUCCAGACCACAGGCCUGGCCGACAUCUUUGUCAGCAAGUUUGAGGAUGACGAGUGGGCGCUAGAUGGUUAUGUGUCUUCAGGCCUUGAAAGAGGAGGGUUCACUUUCCAAGGGGACAUCAAAGGGAAGGACUUUGGCAAGUUCAAGCUGGAAAGACAAGAUCCCUUCAGCAAUGGCCCCGACCCUCCCGGCCACCACCAGGGCACCAACAGCGGCUCUGUGGCGGCUGCCAUUCUGGUGCCCUUCUUUGCUCUUAUUCUGUCAGGGUUUGCCUUUUACCUCUACAAACACAGGUCAAGACCCAAAGUGCAGUACAACGGCUAUGCCGGGCAUGAGAACAGCAACGGGCAGGCGUCGUUCGAGAACCCCAUGUACGAUACGAACUUGAAGCCCACAGAGGCCAAGGCCGUGCGCUUCGACACGACCCUGAACACAGUGUGCACCGUGGUCUAGCCCUCGCGUGCGCUCACAGCCAUACCUCCCACGGACCUGCAGGAAUUCCUCGGUGCCAUUAACCCCAUCCCUCCAGCUUCGCUGACCGACACCCCUCAGGCGAGGGCGCUGUGGCCAGGGGGACAGAUGGGCCACAGGGAUGCCCUGGUGUGGGGCCAGGCAUGACGCACGGCAUGGG